AUGACCACCACUACAGAUUUUGUUAAUAAAGAAGAACAACAGUAUUUAGAUCUAUGUAAACGUAUCAUAGAAGAAGGAGAAUUUAGACCUGAUCGUACAGGUACAGGCACUUAUAGUAUAUUUGCACCACCCCAACUUCGUUUCAAUCUAAAGGAUAAUACUUUCCCCCUUUUAACAACCAAAAAAGUGUUUAGUAGAAGUGUCAUAUUAGAAUUACUUUGGUUUGUCAAAGGGUGUACUGAUGCCAAGGAAUUAACAAGACAAGGCGUCAGGAUUUGGGAAGGUAAUGGGUCAAGAGAAUAUCUAGAUAGUUUGGGACUAACUGAUAGAAAUGAAGGUGACCUAGGUCCGAUUUAUGGAUUUCAAUGGAGACACUUUGGUGCUGAAUAUAAAACCUGCUAUGAUGAUUAUACAGGUCAAGGUGUUGAUCAACUAGCCUCGGUUAUUGACAAAUUAAAGAAUAGUCCAUAUGAUCGUAGAAUCAUCAUGAGUGCUUGGAAUCCAUCAGAUUUUCCUAAAAUGGCUUUACCACCAUGCCAUGUUUUUUCUCAAUUUUAUGUGAGUUUUCCUAAAGAUGGAGGGAAACCAAAACUCUCUUGUUUAUUAUAUCAAAGAUCAUGUGAUAUGGGUUUAGGUGUCCCAUUUAAUAUUGCUUCUUAUGCACUUCUAACUAAAAUGAUCGCUCAAGUUUGUAAUAUGGAACCUGGUGAAUUUAUUCAUACCAUGGGGGAUGCACAUGUUUAUACAGACCAUAUUGAUGCUUUAAAACAGCAACUCGAAAGAAACCCGCGAAAGUUCCCUAAAUUAACAAUUAAAAGAGAUGUUAAAGAUAUCGAUGAUUUUAAAUAUGAAGAUUUUGAAAUAACUGAAUAUGACCCACAUCCAAAGAUUACUAUGAAAAUGAGCGUUUAG